UUAAAUGCUAACUGUACUUGGUUAUUUUAAUUCCUCAAAUUGUUGUUUGUGUAAGAGGGAGAGAAGGGAGGGAAAGAGAGGCCUUUUUCCCUUCCCUAUGCUGUUCUUUUUCCGUUUUGAACCAUUGAUUUCAGGCUGUUUGACAGUGGCUUAAUUGUCUUGAAAACCAUCAAUCUUGUUUUGUAUGUCCGUGUGAGAGAAAUUGUUACCUGGUAAAGAUUCUUUAGACUUGGUGCAGUGCCAUUAGAGGGCCGGUAGCCGAGCUCAGAUACACCUCACUGGUUGCCUUUCCACAUCCCCAAUAUCCGAGCAUCGUGCAUUUUUACGUCGUUAUGUAGGAAUUUACAUUACUCUGAAUCUCGGAUGCUUGGCAUGUGGAGGGGAACGAAAAUAUGUAUUACGAGGUGAAUCUGAGCUCGAGGCUACCUGCAUUUGAUUGGCAUUGCUUGAACACUAGCGUAAUCAGGGCAGAAAAUCUAUACAAGGAGCCUUGGGAUGUUACGAUUUGUGUUUACUUGUUUGAAUCACUAGGUGGUGUGAUAUCAGAUAUGGAGUAGUUAUGGAGUCGAAUUCAAGUAGGUUUUGGUGGUCUUACUUGUGAUCCAAUGGUUCCACAGCAUGAACCACAAACAAACUGUGAUGAGCCCGGCUGGCCUCUGCAAGCACCCUUUGGCCCUUGAGUAAAAAAUGCAAUCAAUAAGUAGUAAUGCUUUCGUUGACCUAUGGAGUGUGCAAUGCGCGGAAUGUUUCAAGUGGAGGCUGAUUCCUACUGAGGAAGAGUUUGAAGAAAUCAGAAGCAAAUUCAGUGAGGACCCCUUUUUCUGCAGCAAGAAACCUGGUGUUUCAUGCGAUGAUCCAGCUGAUAUAGAACGCGAUGAAACCCGCACUUGGGCCAUUCACAAGCCCGGCAUUCCAAAAACCCCUUCUGGGUUCAAGAGGACACUGGUAAUGCGAAGGGAUUUAUCUAAAAUGGACUGCUAUUAUGAUGCUCCCAAUGGCAAGAAAUUGAGGGCCUUGACUGAUGUUAGCAAGUUCUUGGAUAAGUUUCCGGAGUACAAAAAGAACAUCUCACCUGCUGAUUUCAGUUUUACAAGUCCUAAGCUCGUAUAGGUGACAAGGUCUAAGAUAACAGCGAACUGAGGCUGACAUCAAUGGGGUUCUUUAUUUUGUUUGAGCUGCAAUUAGUGUUUUCUAUUUGCAGCGCUUUACUAUUAACUGGGAUUUUAGGAUCGUGUUUCGUUGUUCAUGGUGGGGGAGAAAGAAUUGUUCCGGAUUUCGGUUCUGACAUAGAUGUGCAUACCUGGUGAUUGAAUGUAUGUUGCAUUUGCAAUUAUGGUACAGUUAUUUGUUAAUUUUAUGAAUUGAAUUUGGAACUGGAUUUA